CUCGAGCCCUUUUUUUCUCCAAGAGUUGAAAAACAUGUAUAAGCAUUGAUAGAGUGAGAUGUUUAAUAUGUCUAUUUAUUUGGGGAUUUUCAAAUGUUGGGUGCUUCGGUUUUGUUUAAGGAGUUUAUGCGACAUGACUAGCUGCGUUUUUUUUUUUUUUUUAUUAUUAUUAACUUCACGACAGAAAAUAAAGACAGGCUGGUGAGGGAAUGUUGUUAUAACGUAAGUGAUAACAGGAACUAACUUGUCUCAAAUGUAACUAUAAACAGCUGUGUUGGUCAUAAAUAAAUUAAAAAUGGUAAUCAUUGUAGAUAGCUGAGGUACAAGAGCAAUAAACCACUUCAGCACGUGCAGUUACGGGAAAAUAAUCAACUUUGGGGUGGCAAUGAGUGACUCUACUUCAUCACCCCACCCUGUUGUUGAUUAUUUUCCUAUAACAGUAAGACAUAGAGUGUUUGAUUCCUUAUGUGCAUGCUCUAUUUUUAUAUCUCAAGUCAUUAUUGUUUGAAAAGCCUGAAGAAACAGAUUUGCAUCCUAAUUUCCACAGUACAUUAAAAACAAGAAAAACAGUGGUACCUUUAUUAAAACUUUACUUUUCCUUGUCACUGGAGUGAUACCAUCAAGGGUACAUCCUUUGUAACUUUAGUGUGUAUACGUUACCUGGGAAGGUGCAUGUGAUGUAGGUGAAGGUACACAAUAUUCACAUUUCUGUGUAAAAGCUCCAUAUGGGAUGGUCCAAAAAAUGCAUCCUUGAUGGUACCACCCACCCAAUGACCAGGAAAAUCCCUGUUUGGUACCUUCAUUUCUGAGAUUAUAAUUGGCUGUUCAUUCUGGAGAAAAGUGUCAAGGAAUCUUAGUGAUUGCAGAAAAUUUGUAAGGAGUAAAUAUUUUCAUUUUAUUUGCAUGACAUCCAUGAUUAUGUGACAUUAUGGCUGUCCAGAACCAUCUACUGCACAGGCUACAUGACACUUCUGUGAUUUGAACAUGGCGUCUAAUGAUUUUGAAGCCUGAUAAACACAAGGAUCUAAAGUGUCACUUUCACUUCCUGCAAAUCUGCAACCGUGCACUCAAUUCAGAACUGUAUGUUUUUAUGAGUUCUCUGAGUGAAAUGUUCUGUAACUGUAUGCAAUCCUCUAUGCCAGAUGUUCCCAGCCCUGGUCCUGAUCAACCCCCUGUCCUACACUCUAACACAUCUGAUGCCUCUCAUGAUGGGGAGCAGAUUAGUUGGAUUCUGUGUCUUAGAGCAGGAGGUUCUGCAGGACCAGGGAUGGGAACCUGCUCUCUAUAAUAACUGUGUGCAAUAUUGCCCGGUCUUGUGCAGGGUGCCAAUAAUUCUUCCCUUGGCUGUAAAAUAUAACUUGAACUCUCUGUGGAGUGUUGAAUGCAAAUGAAUCUGAGUGGUCGAUAACCACUGGCUUCUGUCCAAGCCGCUUCAUCUUAUUAUAAUGGACCGUUUGACGCACCGCUCCUCGUGUCGGGUGACGCAGUCGCGCGCGCGCCGCGGUGUGUGUCGUAUUCGGGGAUGCUUUCUGACGACAGGACACACACACACACACGCACACACAUGCACAGAAAGUAAUAAUCCAGGACAACAUCUAAGAAGGUGCUGAAGGUGUUGGACUGGACCUUAAAAAAAGGAAGAAGAAGAAAAGCAUCUCACUUGGCUUCCACACCAGCGAUGCACGUGCCAUUGCAAUAGAUCCUGAGGAGGAGACUGUCCCUCUCCUGCCUGCUCCUCCGUGGUCAUGGCGUAUCCUUUCCUCCUGCGCCUCCUCGUCCUGUCCGUGUGUGUGUGCGGCAGUGUUCAGGUGAACACCAGUGCUAAGCGGAGCUGUAUGGACAAGGUGGAGUGCGCCCACGGGAUUCUACUUCCUGUUUGGCUCCCUCACAACCCGCCACUGCCCCAGCAGGUGAUUCGUGCGAUCAUCUACUUCCUGUGUCUGCUCUAUAUGUUCCUGGGUGUGUCCAUCAUCGCUGACCGCUUCAUGGCCGCCAUCGAGGUCAUCACCUCGCAGGAGAAAGAGGUGACCAUUACAGGGCCGAAUGGGGAACAGACAGUGACGACGGUGCGGAUAUGGAAUGAAACCGUAUCUAAUCUCACUCUGAUGGCCCUCGGCUCCUCCGCUCCAGAGAUCCUGUUGUCAGUUAUAGAGGUAUGUGGGCAUGGCUUCAAAUCAGGCGAGCUUGGCCCAGGCACGAUCGUGGGCAGCGCUGCCUUUAACAUGCUCGUGAUUAUCGCAAUCUGUGUGUUCGUAAUCCCGGACGGUGAGGUGAGGAAGAUCAAACACCUGCGCGUGUUCUUCAUCACCGCCUCCUGGAGUAUCUUCGCCUACAUUUGGCUCUACCUUAUCCUCUCCGUCAUAUCCCCGGGCAUUGUUCAGGUGUGGGAAGCCCUGCUGACCCUCUUGUUCUUCCCCAUCUGUGUCUUGAUGGCAUGGAUUGCAGACCGGCGGCUCCUCUUCUACAAAUACCUUCAUCGGCGCUACCGUGCCGACAAGCGACACGGCAUCAUUGUGGAGACAGAGGGCGAUCUGGCACCCAAUGGCAUUGACAUCAUCAUGGAGGGGAAAUUCCAUGGCAAUGCCAAUGGUGGCCCUAGCAACACCGCCAGCAACGUCAACAGCAUGGAGACAAGCAAAGACUCUGAGCAGGACCGUGAGGAGGUGAUCCGCUUACUGCGUGAACUGCGGCAGAAACAUCCGGAUAAAGACUUGGACCAGCUGAUUGAGAUGGCUAACUACUCAAACCUGCAGAAGCAACCCAAGAGUCGUGCGUUUUACCGUGUACAGGCCACACGCAUGAUUAUCGGAGCUGGAAACGUGUUAAAGAAGCAUGCUGCAGCAGAACAGGCCAAACGUGCAGGGCCGAACGCCGGCCCCGAUGAUGAUCUGGUGACUUGCGCACAUGUGGCCUUUGAGCAGGAUCGUUAUCGCUGCAGUGAAAACUGCGGCCACCUGAGUGUAUGGGUUAUACUGUGGGGGGGCAGUGGCUCCGGAACAUUCCAAGUGGACUACCGGACUGAAAAUGGCUCGGCCAAAGCUGGAGUGGAUUACGAUUACUCUGAGGGAACGCUGGAGUUUCAACCUGGAGACACACGCAAAGAGAUAAAGAUUGGUAUCAUAGACGACGAUGUUUUCGAGGAAGACGAGCAUUUCUUUAUCCGUCUCUCGAACCUGCGCGAGCCAGGGGUCGAAGCCACAGAGGCCGCCCGAUUGGUGGAACCACUGGUUGCCACUGUAACAAUUCUGGAUGAUGACCACGCGGGUGUUUUUUCAUUCGGGCCGCGUGAGCUUCUUGUUGCCGAGUGUGCGGGUGUUGCUGAGGUAACUGUCACUCGCGAAUCGGGCACCCGGGGCACCGUGGUCAUCCCGUUUCACACAGAGGAUGGAACGGCACACAGUGGAGUCGACUACCAACAAACACAGGGCGAACUGGAGUUCAGCAAUGAGGAGAGCUGUAAGACAUUACAGGUGCCAAUCAUCAAUGUCCAGGAAUAUGAUAAGCGAGAAAACUUUUACAUCGUCCUUGAAGAACCUCGGUGGCUCAAGAGAGGAAUUUCAGGUGCUCCCAGUGCUGAGCAGGAAGAGGCGAGAAAGAUCGCUGAGAAGGGCCGGCCGGUUCUGGGGGAGCACAGCAGGCUGGAGGUCAUUAUUGAGGAGAGCAUGGCCUUUAAGAUCCGCCAGGGUAUGGCCCCCAAUGGCACGCUAGACCCGGUAGAGAAGUCUCCACCCCUCUGCAUGAGACGUGUUCAUGGAUUGGACACUGUCGAUCGUCUGUUAAAGGACACUAACCUGGCUGAAGUGAUUGGAACACACACAUGGAAAGAACAGUUCAUUGAGGCUGUCACUGUCAGUGCAGGAGAGGACGAUGAGGGCGAAGGGGGCGAGCCACGCCGGCCGUCCUGCUGCGAUUACUUCAUGCACGUGAUGACGGUGUUCUGGAAGCUGGCAUUCGCCUUCAUCCCGCCCACUGAGUACUGGAACGGCUGGGCUUGCUUCAUCGUCUCCAUCCUCGUCAUCGGCUUCCUCACGGCCAUCAUUGGAGACCUGGCGUCUCACUUCGGCUGCACCGUGGGGCUGCGGGACACCGUCACGGCCGUGGUGUUCGUCGCUCUUGGCACCUCCAUCCCGGAUACCUUUGCGAGUAAAGUCGCGGCGGUUCAGGAUCAGUACGCCGACGCCUCGGUGGGAAACGUGACAGGCAGCAACGCUGUAAACGUCUUCCUGGGGAUCGGCGUGGCCUGGUCCAUCUCAGCCAUCUACUGGGAGGUCAAAGGUCAGGCGUUCCACGUGGAGCCGGGCUCGCUGGCCUUCUCUGUCACACUCUUCACCAUCUGCGCCUUCAUCAACAUGGGCGUGCUCAUGCUGCGGCGCCGCCCCUCUGUGGGCGGAGAGCUGGGUGGGCCCAAAGCCAUCAAGAUCCUCACCUCCAUGCUGUUCAUCGGCCUGUGGCUCAUGUACAUCACCUUCUCCAGCCUGGAGGCGUACUGUCACAUCACAGGCUUCUGAGAAAACACACAUAGACACCUUCAUACACUUUUGUACACGCUGGGGUCAUCAGGAAGACUAAACUCUACAUUUUGACCCUUUUUUUUUUCACCCACAAUGAAACCGAGAGGCCUUCUUCACCAUCAUCAUCAGCUUCAUCUACAGGGGUGGAUAAACUCUUACACUUUAUUAUUUAACCUGUUAUAACAGGACACUACCAUCAUUAAGGAGAGGAGGAAUUAUCCUAAACAACCAAACCAAAAUAUUUCACAUGACUGAUAUUUACACUCGAUUGUGAACUGAUGGACUGAACGAGUGAAAUGAAUGAAUGGAACUCACAAAUAAUGGUUUCUUUCAUUGUGGAUAUUGUAUGGUUGUAGUAUUUACUCACUUAAAUGGAUAUAGCACUAAAAAUGUGUCAGGAUUAUUAACUAAUAGUAGAAAUCAUACACAGAAAAAAUGUCUCCUGUUCCAGGAUAUUCUUAUAAAAUUAUAUAAGAGUUUGGAGAACAUUUAAACCCAACAGCUCAUAUUGUUUUUAAUUAAAAUUACACAAAAUGAACAGUAUGUUAUUCUGAUUUAUGGAAGCAUCUUAAUACAGACUCAGUUAAUCAUGAUAUUAUGCUAGAUAUUAUUCUUAUCUUAUAAUAUUGUUACUAAUUAAAUAGCAUUAAUGAAGAUUCUUCUGGAAAACGUACAAUAUAGUGUCCCACAAGGCUCUGUUCUAGGUCCCUUAUUGUUUUCCUUUUAUAUCCCUUUCCCUCUCACACCAUCUUUAUCCUUUUUUCCUCAUUUUCCUUUUUUAAUUUUCUUUUUCUCAUUGUUGUUUUCUCAUUGUCUCUUUUCCUCCUCCUCUCUUCUUUCUCCUUUUCUACCUCCUCUGCUUCAUUCUCCCCUUACUUUCAUUCUCUAUUCCAUUUUCCCUUUCUUCACCAUCUCUUUUUCUCUUUCCCCUUUCUCCCUUUCCCAUGUUCCCUCUUUAGAUCUUAUUUGACAGACAGUUACUAGUUUAUUAGCAUUAAUGUAGAGUCUAUUUUAGGCCACUUGGCUUUCAUUAUGCUGAUGACACAAUUAUACUUAUCAGUACAGAUUUAGCAGAGCAGCUACACAAAAUGGAAGACUGUUUCAAAUAUAUAGAAACAUGUACAAAUAGAAAUAUCCUUCUUAUAAAUUAGAAUAAAACAAAAAUACUGAUGUUGAUUACUAAGACUGUCGGCGAUAACGCUACUGAUUCCACCUUAGAGCUUGACUGCUGUUGUGCUGUUGUUAAGGACCUUGACACGGGUUUAUUAUUGGUUCAUAUGUAAAUAAAAUCACAUAUUAUCAUUUGCUACACUGUGUCUUCAUAAUCUCUAGAUUUGAGUAUUGUUGCUGGCU